CUGCAGGAAGUUUAAAUGCAGCUUCCGGUAGCUCUUAGUGCAUUUAGAUCGCUGCACACAACAUCACAUGUAGUUAUUUAUUGUUGUAUGGAAAAAGCUGUUACCGUCUCAGCGCUCAGUACAGUGGUUUCAUGUCUUAGUGCUACACAACAUCACUGACCACGAACAAGAUGAAGAAGAAGUUGCCUGAGCGGAUCCUGAAUCACAUCCUGGAGAUUCUCUACCUGCUGACAGGAGAGCGUGUGACUAACUCACUGACAGCAAGCGACAUGACCGGGGACAAGAUGACAACAGAGAGGAUACUGACCCACAUCCUGCAGAUCCUGUACCUGCUGACAGGGGAGGUGCCUAUAAAGUGUGAGGAUGUUGCUGUGUAUUUCUCUAUGGAGGAGUGGGAGUAUAUAGAGGGACACAAGGAGCUUUACGACGUCAUGCUAGAGACUCACCAAGCACUAAGGACUAUGGAGAUCCCAGGAAAUGAGAGCUCAGAACUAACAGGUCACAGUGAUAAACAUCUAGACACAGGAGCACAUGCAGUACAGAAUAUUCAGCCAUCAGAUAUCUCUGCAGGUGAGUGAUCUAUGGUAUAAGCUUCACAGUUAGAAAACUCAGAUUCUGAAAUGAACUUCAAUGCAAACAGAUGGCAAUAAUACAAUUGGUUUGGUUCAUAAACAUACCUUGUCUUCCUUUCUGUCUCAUCUUCUGCUUCAUGCAAAUAUCAUGCACACACUUGUCCUCUCUUCUCUCUCACCCUCUGUUUCAUGUGAAU